UCGAGCAGCCCGGACGCUUGGCUCGCCGUUGAAGUUCUAUAUAUCGAUCGCUUCGAGUGUGUGACAGAGCGAGAGGGAGAGUAAUCAAACGAUAGAUAAAACGGGUUGUUGCGAUGGUCGAAUUGUGGUGAGCAGCGGAGAGAAAGGAUACGGCCUGCAUGGGACCACCCCAUGGAUAGCAACAUGUCCACCGCGGCCUACGUGCACCGGGCUGGCUCCUCGAGCGCCUCGAGUACGUGCACGUCAAGCUUAUCGGGGCCCGGCAUGCCAUCGAGUGGCAGCGGCGGCGGCGGCGGCGGAGGCGGCGGCGGCGGCGGAGGAAGCGGAGGCAGCGGUGGUCGCAUGGCCGUCAUCGGUGUCACCAGGAACGUCAAGCUCAGGCGUCGAGGCGCUUCGGGUUUCGGGUUUUCAUUGAGAGGAGGACGUGAGUAUGCUGCUGGAUUCUAUGUGAGUGACGUCGUACCCGGAGGUGAGGCGCACAGGAACGGCCUUAGGAUCGGAGAUCAAAUACUUCGCGUGAACGGAUAUCCAGUUGAAGAUGCUGUUCAUCAAGAAGUUGCACUUUUAGCGAAAAACCAACAAGUUCUUGUUCUUAAAAUAAGAAGUGUUGGCAUGAUACCAGUUAAAGAUAACCCAAAUGAUCCAGUCACGUGGCACAUGGUGCAGCAGCAACAGCAGCAACUGCAAUACGGUGAUGCUGUCAGCAAUGAAAUCCGAAUCCGAAUACUUGUGGGAGAAAAAGGCAGACUUGGCUGUGGCGUCUGCAGGGGAAUAGUACCCGGUCUCACUGUUCAAGGAACGAGGGAAGGGGGUCCAGCGCGAGCGGCGGGUCUCAAGGCCGGCGACAUAAUCCUGUGGUGCAAUGGUCAAAGCCUGACGGACCUGCCUUUCGAGAGAGCAAUCGAGGUGAUGCGAAACGCAGCGGUCCUCGACCUCGUGGUGAACCGGCCGAUCGUCAACCACGUGUAUGACUGCCCGGAGGCUCUCUGGAUGCGCGGCUCCAGCGGCUACGACUCCGAGAAUUCGAGCAUCGCUGCUCCAAGUCCGCCGCCCAUGCACCUACCGAACCCCGUCUCAUCGCCUCAGCAUCGAGGAGUUGCCGACCCAAGGCUUUUCCAACAAUCUUGCAAUCGUAAUGGACGUAACUUCUAUCCGCCAAAUGGUUCAGGUCCACCAGAUUGGGGCCAUGUGGAACAGUCGCAAGAAUGGACGCGUAAACCGAACAAUACGACGGUUAUACGAAUAAGCCAGAGCCAACCCCAACAACAGCAACAUCAGCAGCAACAACAGCAGCAACAGCAACACCAUCAGCAGUUUCGGCGUGGACCACGCCAGCAAAUCCGAUCCAGUUCCGUGCUCUACGACGAUGGCCAUGAACUCGACGAAGAGCCACUCUACGAUCCAGUGGCACCUAAAGACUUUGAAUGCCAUGACUUCGAUGCUAAUCCCCGAGAAGAGAUAGAUCGCAGAGCCGAGUAUAGACGCGAGCACGGCAUACGCGAGAUCCAAUACAACGAAUCCACCACCGACGGCGUAUUCGUGAAGGUACAAGAGAGCGGACAUGUCGACAACGGCAUCAACAGCAACAUCAACGACGGCAUCAACGGCAGCAUCAAUGGUAGUAUCAAUCCCGGUAACGGCGGCACUGGUAACGUUAUCCUGACCGCCCAAAGACAAGGUGAAAAGGAGAGGAAAACAGUGACGACCGUCGAAGUUCAUCAGCCGUGUCCGCCGACACCCCCAUCCAUGCCCCCGCCUCUACACUAUAAGUGGUCAACAGAAACGAAGCCAAUGAACGCAAUGGGAAUGCAAAUGGGCAGCACGAUGUCAAUGGGCAGCACUGGCUCAACGGAGACAGAGUCAAGCUUAGAGUCAUCGUGCGGCGGCAAGGAUACCGCCUCCACCUCCUCCUCGCUCUCAACCUCCUCGUGCGAGCCCGCAACUAGCGUUUCCUUCGCUGCGUCGAUUGCUGCAGCGGCGGCCUGUGGAGGCGGCCCUAAGGAGAGGCAACAAAACCGCCCCAACAAUACGGUACCGCCGCCACCACUCUCAAAGAUACCGACUCCACCGCCCCCCAUCGAUCUCAGUACUGCCAUUACUCAGGAACUACAAAGGCGAGCAAAGCAGAGAAGCAUGAAUAAUGCAGCAGAACAGGAUGGAGUACAUGCUGAGAAGCUGGGAAGUGGUCAGGAGAUCCGGAAACCACAGAAUCCAGAAGCUCUCAGGGCUCAGGAACAAAAAGUAACGCACGAUAAGCUCAUGGAGGAGUUCAAACGGGCCCAUCAGAGGAUGUUCAGCAACGCCCAGCAGCGCAACCAAACGACGGAACAGAACGCCGAGAAGACAGAGGCAAAGCGCGCAAAUUCCAUGAAGCUCGGGCCACCAACUCCUAGCUCUAAAGCCACCAAGAGAAGCAGCAACGACGAGGCCGUCGAGAUGCAGAGCAUCGAGUCCUUCAAACUGAAGGAAUCCCCGUCGAUUCAAAUGCCGAAACCCCCGCCCACCUACUUCCCAUCCUCAAGUCCCGGGAAGCUAGGAAGCGAGUGCGCUCGACAAAAUAGCGUGGCUAAGCUGCGCUCGAGCGCCACCUACGUUAGCCAUGGCACCGGCAAGGCCGUUAGCAAAGUCGCCAUUAGGAUCGGCACUUAUGAGGGCGAUGUGAAGCAACCCUCGAGGUUCGGCUUCCUUAGUCACACGGCCGAGUGUAAGCCGAACUCCGAAGGGGCUUCGCCCGUCGCGUCGCGACUUCAGAACGAACUCGUCGCUACGCUCCAGAGGUCGAAUUUGAGAAAAAAUAUCGAGGGGGAAAAUGAGAUGUCGAAUGCACCAGGUGGAGCUGCGAAAGCGAACCAAGAUAACGACCAAGUCGAUGCUGUCAUGCAGAAUAACAUCGAUAAAUUAGCCACUAGCCUCAACAAUAAAGUCACAAUUCGAGUAAAUCCUGAAGCUAGCAAUUGAUAAAUUGCUCCCGACUCUUAUGGAGGCCCUUCAGUAUUCUUUUGUUCGUCCAGCUUGAGAGCCGCUUUAUUUCGCAUUCUUUUUACACGACACAUGAACGAGCAAAUGGCUUUAUAAAGUUUAAUCGUUAUUAAGAUAAUUAAAUAAGUUAUAGAUUGCAAAGCAAUGAGAUGCUUUACGUUCCUUAUGAUUAUGAAAGUUUUAUCAAACAGACUCGAUUGUUACAGUAUUGACGUAAAUAUUAUUAUAAAAGUAAACUAUAAAUAUAAUAGACUUGUAAUAUAUCUAUAAGUAAUCUAUAAUGAUUGGUGAAGAAAUUAAAAAGUUAUCAUUUAUAGAAUUUGAAUUCAUCGUGCGUUGUGAAAAUGAUGAGAGAUUUAUACGGCUUCAUUUUCUUAAUACGACAUGCCUCGUUAUGA